AUGUCUGCGAUCGUUUGCGGGAAGAGAUCUUUGUUCGAGGAUUUGGUCGCCGCUUCUUCGCCUCCCGUCUCCAAGAAAAUCCGUUGCUUCUCCUCGUCUUCUCCGGCUCGCUUUUCCCCUCCGAUUCCUCCUUCCUCGUCAAUUCUCCUCGAUCACCUCGCCGCCAUCUUCCCCGAUAUGGAUAAGCAGAUUCUUGAGAGGGCAAUCGAGGGAUGUGGAGAUGAUCUUGAUUCAGCUAUUAGGUGUUUGAAUCAGCUUCGUUUAGAAUCUGCCAAUAACAACAAUUCCGACUCUGCUGCUACCAACCAAUCUCCUGUUAUCCAGGAAUCAAAUGUUGAACCUCUGCAGCAAGGAUCAAGAAACGAGGAAGUGGUACCGAAUGGAGAACCAAAUGUUAUGAACAUGGAUGGAACGGAGUGGGUGGAGCUCUUUGUUAGGGAGAUGAUGAGUGCUUCUGACAUGACGAAUGCGAAAGCACGUGCUGCGAGAGCGUUGGAAGCUUUGGAGAAGUCCAUCAAUGCACGCUCUGGUGCUGAAGCAAUGCAAAGUCUCCAACAGGAAAACUUAAUGCUGAAGCAGCAAUUAGAAGCCAUAGUCCAGGAGAACAGUUUACUUAAACGAGCGGUGGUGACGCAACAGAAGCGGCAGAAAGAAACUGAAGAUCAAAGUCAGGAGUUGCAGCAUUUGAGGCAGCUUGUCACUCAAUACCAGGAACAAUUGAGAACUCUGGAGGUGAACAACUAUGCACUGACGCUUCAUCUGAAACAAGCACAGCAGAACAGUUCCAUCCCGGGGCCAGCAUUCUCUAAGCGCAAACAAUCAAAUCUAGGGUAUCAUAUCAAAAUCUCUGAAAGAAUGGCGGCAGAUCCAAAAACGGCGACUGAAGACGUGAAGAUGGAUUUGUUCGAGGACGACGAUGAGUUCGAGGAGUUCGAAAUCGAAGAAGAUUGGGUUGAGAAAGAAGAAGUGAAGGAGGUGAGCCAGCAGUGGGAAGAUGACUGGGAUGAUGAUGAUGUCAACGAUGACUUCUCUCUUCAGCUACGAAAGGAACUAGACACCAAUGAUGAGAAGAAAUGA